GUGCCAAAUUUUCAGGAAUUAACCUAUCGUUUGCUAGGGUUCCCGUUCCCGUUUACUUGUUUUGUUUUUUUAUUAGUUAUUUAUUAUUGGAUUUUGUUUCUGCCGGGUAAGGAUAGGAAGACGUUGUUUCUACUUGAGGCAAAGAUAAAGAUCCUGCAAGAUGAGUUCUCCGAAUGACAUUUUAGUUGAUCUGGAUAUAGAAAGCGUCUUACAAUGCCCAGUUUGCUUUGAAAUUCCACCAUCAAUUAUUUUUAUGUGUAAAGUUGGGCAUCACAUGUGUGAAAGGUGUAGAUUGAGACUUCAAACAUGUCCAACAUGCAAGGCAUCGAUAACUAGCUGUCGAAAUUAUCUAGCAGAAUCACUGUCAAACAAGUUCUCAAUCCUAUUAAAAGGUAGUGGAGAUGGAGAUGUGAUAAAUAAUUUGAAUGAACAAAUCAACGUCUACUUAAAUAAAAAGGCAGUCAGUGAAGAAGUGAAUCAACUCAAACGACUGCCAAACCCCACAGGAAUGUACAAGUGUUUGUUAGAAUCAUGUUGUAACAGAAGUGAAAUGGCUGUCACACUUUUGUUUGCACACAUUAAGAAAGUACAUCCACACCUAUUUGACACGUUCAAGAACACAACUACUACAUUCACACACAAGUUUGAGAACUUCUGCUACAGAAAACACCAGACAAAAUAUCAUCGAGCUUUUAGUGUAACAAACUUGGGAUUGUUCUUCCUCAACCUUGAAACGUUGCCGGAUCAAUACAUUAACUGUUGGAUCUCUGUACCAGCCCCACUAAAACAAUGCUCUCUUUUCCAAUGUGAAUUGGUGUUUACCAAAGAACUCGACAAGACCAAAAAUUUGAUUUUCAGUAGCAAGGUGGGUUCAAACUCUCAUGGAAAAGAAAAGGCAUUCGAGAAUGGAAAAGUCUUCGUCAUACCACCAGAAGACCACUUGAUGAAGGAUGGUGAAUUCUUCUCUAUAAACGUCAAGAUUGUGUACACAAAACCAAAUGAAAACCCGAAUCCAACAUCAUAGGAGGAGGAAAUGAAUAAUGCAACCAAAAAAUUGCUCAAGUCUACUAAUGAUACCUAACAGUUGUAAUACCUUAUGUGAUACCUAAUACCAGUUGUGAUACCUUAUAGUUAUAAGGCAUGUUUUAAAUCUAGUUACUGUUUUGAAGUUAUAGCAGUUCCUCAAUAGUCUGACUGUAGCAAGCAGACUGAAUCUAUUACCGUAAAAAAUAAAUAAGCCGUUAAUUAUAUAUUAACGAUUUUGUACCGUAUGGUUUUGUUCAAUGGGUCACUCUAUUAUGGUGCAAUUCUGACAUGAAUUAGGUAUCAUGUUAGUUGUGUGUGGUAAUUUUUCAUUAAUGCACAGUGAACCCCCUUGGAACUGUCUGGCUAGUUUCAAUUUGUCUUCCAUUCAUAGAAUUCUCAACAUAAGUACCUGACAAGUUCCUUUUUAAUUUUAUAUUUUAACUUUUUAAUACUUUACAUAUCAUUUUUCCAGUGAACAUGACUGUUCUUAGAAAACGAUUAUAGAAUUUUAUGAGGUCCAGCGAAACCAUGAGGGGUUCUACUGCAUUUUACAUUCAACUAGUAUUUUACGAGUUGACAUUAGUUUUUUUAAAUGUUAAACACUAUUUAUUUACCUGUUUUGUAAAUUUUUAAAGGGUUUGUUUGCAAUAAUAAAUUUAAGUGCAAUUUUAUUUUUAAGCUUUUUAAACCUUGUAUUUAGUAUUAGUAUUAUUGUAUUUAGUAUUAUUUCAUUUAGUAUUAUUUUGUGUAGCCGAUUGUCAGGCCCCCAAUUUGCAUGUGACACGCUAUGGGCCUGAGAGAUAUUUGCCCCUUCCACCCCCCUCCUUGCGAGGGAAUUGUUCUCGCUAACUUUUGCGCCUCUGGGCUCGAGGCUAUUUAUUAGAGGCCCUGCCUAUUGUUUUAUACAAUUUACUAACUUUAUGAUUGGGCUUUGCUCCGAGAAUAAUACUUAAAACAUCCACAAGAACAUAAAUACAGAAUCUUAAUAUGUCCAGAUAGUUUUCACCACACUAAAUUUUUAUCUAUCGGUCUUAUCAUGCAUGAAUUUAGUCCGGGAAACAGCUGUUUAACCAUCUUCUUAUACAAAACUUAUGUAGGUGUUCCACUGUGGCCCAAUAAAGGGCCACAAAAAAUACAUCAAAGAAAUACAGUACAAAAAAUCUUUUUUAUUAACCUCAGAUGGUGUCCAUGUAAAAACUAACUGUUUCAAAGGUUCUGCUAGUAAUUAGUUUAUAGUAAACAUUCAAAAUUCACUUUGAACUUAAAAAUUGACUUCGCAGUCGUUUUUUUAUCCUGUCUCAGCAGGAACCAGUAAUAACAUCUUUAUUAUGUCACCAGUUUAAUCAUAGAGAUGUCAGCACCAAUGCACUAUGGGUAGAUAAAUAGUUUUGGAGUUCACUCACAGAGUGCAACAGUUGGCAGACUAGCCAAAUACAAAAAAAUAUAGUUGUUCCACUGUGGCCCACCCUCCCCUACUUUUUAAUCCGAGCAAGGAAGCCCACUUUGUCGGGCGACAGUAGGAAAAAGUAUACUUACAUACAUAUUUCACAGAAGAUUUAUUAAGUUUUUAUGUACAAUUUAAUUAUAAAUUUUUUAAGUGUUAGUUUUUUGUUAUUAAAUACUCAAAAUAGACCUUAAAUAACCUGUGUUUUUGAGUGGUAUAGACAAUUUAGUUUGCAAUCCUGUCUCUUAACCCCAUAUACACCCAACCUGUAUAAACAUUUUUAGUAUCAUUCAAGUCAGUUUCCUGUCUGCCAUUGAAGUGAUGCCAUGGGGUUAGUGAUGUGGGCCAGGUAAAUACCCAAUGGGUAGGGUAUUUAUAAAUGAGUAUUCACCCGAGGCCUGGGUAAAUACCCAAAAAGUGGUUAUUUAAAAAAGUAUCAAUUGGAUUUGUCAUGUCAAAACUAGUAAAAAAUAUGGUAAUUUGUUGUUUAGAGGGUAGUUUGUAAUAUAUGUUGCAUUAAAACAUUAAAAAAACCCUCGGUAAAAAUACCCUGAUGCUAAAAAGUGGAUAUUUAUGAUUUUAAAGUGGUUGUUUGUGAUAUUUACUGUAUUUCUGGAUGACCAAAAAUUAAAAAUAUAUACAGUAUGUUUAUCUACUCUCCUAAAUACAGAAUGCAUAACUUUUUAUUAUUCACAUGUGAUAAGUUUUUGUAAUAGGCAAACUAACAUACAUUUUAUAAGUAAUUAUUUAUUUAUUUGUUACGG